GUCCAACAGAAGGACUCGUGUGCACCCCCUUCUACCAUGGAUUGGAGAAAGCAAGGAGUUGUGACUCCAGUUAAAGACCAACAAUCUUGUGGAAGUUGUUGGGCAUUUGGAGCCACUGGAGCCUUGGAAUCGAUUUAUGCAAUAACCACCCGCAAACUUGUUAGCCUUUCUGAGCAAGAACUCGUAGACUGCGACCCCUUGAGCCAAGGUUGUACCGGUGGAUGGCCCCAUAAUGCCUUUAAAUGGGUCGUCCAAAAUGGCGGGAUUAGUAAAGAAGAAGAUUAUCCUUAUGUCUCUCAGCAGGGUCCUUGCAAAGCCAACAUGCAUGAUGGAGACAAAGUGGUUAAAAUUAGUAGCUACAGUAAGAUACCAGAAUCGGAUGAUGCUCUCUUGUGCGCCGCCUCUAAGCAGCCUGUACCUGUCGCUUUCAAUGCAACAGAUCUUCGAUUUUAUGAGAGUGGAGUUUAUGAUGGUGAGAAUUGCCCCGAGGAUUCAACCGGUGUGACUCAUGUCGCUUUGAUUGUUGGAUAUGAUUCAAAAAAUGGCACGGAUUAUUGGAUUGCGAAGAACUCAUGGGGAGAGAAUUGGGGAAUGAACGGAUACUUCUUUAUUAAAAGGAACACAAACUUACCACAUGGAGUUUGCGCCCUCAAUGCUUGGGCUUAUGUCCCAAACAUAUAGGCUAGUACACUUGUUACUUGGUCCGUCCCAUUGUCAAUCUGUUAUGUGAUGUACUUCUUAAUUAUUUGCUUUUGUGUGAUGAUUUACUAUGAACUCAUCAAGUCUCUAUCAUCAACUUUAAAUAAAAAGCCUUAAAUUA